AAGCCACCACGGCAGCCACGAGUCACAGAGCAGCGUGUUCCUCUCUGGAAGCAUCAGGUAGUUCCAUAUACGGAUUAAGGAGGCACUUCACAGCCCCUCUGGCUCUUUAUCUAUUAGGGCGCACAGAGGGGCAGUGCCAUGUACACUCUUGACAAUGCGCUCCUCCUGAGCGAAGAGAAUCAGUCUCUGGGUUUCGAUCUGACUAAUGAUCUAAUUAUGGGGAAGCCUGGGAACAACAGCACCGUCCAUCCGAACGGAUCCGAUCCAUUUGCGAGAAAUGAAGAGUUGGCCCAAAUAGAGAUUAUGGUCCUGAGCAUCACCUUUGUGGUUGCUGUGAUUGGAAACGUGAGCGUCCUGUUGGCGAUUUACAAUACCAAGAAGAAGAUGUCGCGAAUGCACCUUUUUAUUAAACAUCUCAGCCUGGCUGACCUUGUAGUCGCCUUCUUCCAGGUGCUGCCGCAGCUCUGCUGGAAGAUCACUUUCCGCUUCUACGGUCCAGACUUUCUCUGCAGGGUAGUGACGCACCUCCAGGUGAUGGGAAUGUUUGCGUCCACUUACAUGAUGGUGAUGAUGACCCUGGACCGUUACAUUGCCAUCUGCCACCCACUGAAAACUCUCCAGCAGCCCACCAAGCGCUCCUACAUCAUGAUCAUCUCCACGUGGGUAUGCAGCUUGGUGCUCAGCACUCCGCAGUACUUCAUCUUCUCCCUUAGUAAAAUCCAUAACGGCUCGGACGUGGACGAUUGCCGGUCGUACUUUAUCGAGCCAUGGGGUGCCAAGGCCUACAUCACCUGGAUAACUGUGGGCAUCUUCCUCGUGCCUGUGGUCAUUCUCAUGAUGUGUUAUGGUUUCAUCUGCCACAGUAUAUGGAAAAAUAUCAAGUACAAGAAAAGAAGAACGACGGCUGGUGCUGCGUGGAGGAACGGGCUGAUUGGAAAAAACUCUGUCAGUAGCGUCGCAACUAUAUCAAGAGCCAAACUGAGGACCGUAAAAAUGACUUUUGUGAUUGUUUUGGCGUACGUUAUUUGCUGGACACCCUUUUUCACUGUGCAGAUGUGGUCCGUGUGGGAUGCAGACUUUCAGUGGGAUGAUUCUGAGAACACAGUAGUGACUCUGUCUGCGCUCCUUGCCAGUCUCAACAGCUGCUGUAACCCCUGGAUAUACAUGAUCUUCAGUGGUCACCUCCUCCAGGAUUUUGUGCGCUGCUUCUCCUGUUGCCUCAAAAUGAAUGCUGACUUCAAAAAAGAGGACUCAGACAGCAGCAUCCGCAGGACGACACUCCUGACCAAGAUGACCAAUCGGAGCCCAACAGGGAGCACAGGCAACUGGAAAGAGCUGGACAAUUCUCCCAAGAUUUCAGCUCAGGCAGAAUAAACAGCCGGUGGCAUCAAUAUGCACAAAAAGUGUUCGCUCAUCCUUGAUCAUGCUUGAUAGGGGCUCAAAUGCCCCCCUUCAAAAAUUAUUAAAAGAUCAAGAGAAAAAUGAGUUUUUUUGCAUGUAACACAUAACACAUCAAAAGGAUGUUGAGUGGAUUGUAUAUCUGUAAAAUUUGAGAAAUGACCAAAAAAAAAAAAAAUCACUAUAUCUUUUUGGCUGGAUUCCAUGUGCGUAUGUACCAUUUUUCACUUAAAGUCAACAAAAAUGCCAGAAUAGCACAGUGUUAAACAAUGUUAAGCAACAAAAUGUAUGUCCAAAGUCAAAUUUUCAUUUGAAUUUAGUCAUAAUUCUUCAAAAUUCAAGCAUGAAAAAGCUUAAAGCUCUCAAGCAGUUGAGAUUUUCAGACACCUCAUAACAAUUUCCAGGAAUCCUGACACUUUUACCAGUGGUUUUGUCUCCCCGCAGUGCCGCCAAACACCCCUUCACUGUUUGAGUGUUGAAGUUAAAACUUGCUGCAACCUCAAAGUGCAUGGUGAUAAAACUGACACUUCCAGACCACUCGCCUCUAAGUAACCAAGGCAGACACAUCAUUCUUUGUGUUUGGAUUUCUAUAAAGGAUUUUUUUAAACACAUUUCAGUGACUAAUGUAAAACAUUACAACAGAAAAAAGAUGGAAAUUAAGGAUGGAUAUGGGGUUGUAUGUUUGUCUGUAUCCAAACUUUUAGAAUUUGUCCAUGAAGUUGUAUGUUGCAGCAAUCAGUCUUUUAUGUGCAUCACCAAAUUCUAGCUUUUCAUUUCAACUCAGCAGCUGUAAAUAGCAUUGCUCAACACACACACAGAUGGUGGACAGGAAGGUUUGAUGAGGUGAGACUGACCACUGUUGGAUGAGCCUUCCCACAGACUGAUCCCAUGGCUUUCACAGAAUGUUGGGGAGAAGCUCAAACAUUCCACACCAAAUACGUCAGUGUACUUCCUGAUAUUUUUUUGACAUCCUGCGCUAUUGGGGGCUUUGUGUUUUGGCUUCAUUGGCACUCAAGACAAAAACCAUUUCCUGCACAUUAAUGUGAUGUGCUGCACUAUAAUGGUUGUCAGACCAUGAGGAGAGGCCCAAAAAAGAAUAUGAGUAUUGUUGCAAGACUGUAUAUAGGCAGUAUCGUGCGUGGACUUGUAAUGUGUUCUGUGAACCAAUGUAUUUAAUGCUUCUUUUUUUAAUCAAAGUGUAUAGUAUAUUUGUACAUAAAAGGCAGGUAAAUAUCUAUAAAUAGGAGUAAUAUAUGUAAAUGUGUGCAUUAUGUCUUAUCUAGUUGCUUGUGCUCAUUGAGAAUAACCAAAAUAUCCUUCAAAUGUGUUGAAAAAUAUACAGUGUUGCACCGAAUGCUAAUGAGUUUGUCGCCUAUUUUCCCAGUCAAGACAUAUCUUUGUUUUUUUUGUUUUUUUUAUGUUUAUGAAGUUGUUGUGCAACCACAUAAAAAUGUAUGUUAUUUUUAGCCAUUUUCUUGAUAUAUAUCUCAAGCCAAUCUAAGCACCUAAAGCUUGCCAAGCUCUCAGAUUAUGCAACCUUUCAAAUGAAAAUAAUAUGAGUAGAAAGUUGUGUUAAAAAUGGGCUUUUUGUCAACAAGCUGUCACUGGCAACAAGAUCUCAAAAUAGUCUACAGUUACAGAUUAGCUGCUCUUAAUGUUGAUGUUCCUAUGAGACUGUUAGUAUGGUGCAAAAUAAUGAUAAAUCAUCACAAUAAAGGGUUAGUUUUAGCCACACUGCCAAAAACAAAUAGGUUUGGUUUGACUUGUAUUGGCUUUACCAGAUUUUGAGAAAUUUCUGGGUUCUUUAGAGAACAGAACAGCAGAAUACUGACCUAUUUGUUUGAUAACAUUUUUACAUUUUUAAAAUAAAAAGAAAAUACUUUACUCUUGUACAAAAGAGACAUAGAUGAGGGGCUCAAAAACCAUUAUCUAGGCAAUGUACAGCAAACACACCUGAUGCUAAUGCCAGCAGCUAGAUAGCUUAGCUUAGCUUAGCUCAGCUUAGCUUACUUUAACACUGUUGAAAGUUUGUCAAGAGGUUAAAACCACUGACUACCGG